CUCGUCCGAGACAACACUCUUUUGCCAUGCCUGCCAAGACCAAGAGCCGCGCCAAGGCGACGUCGGUCACCAAGCCGUCGUUGCUCGCGACCGAGAGCCUUGCGACCGCCAUUGCGCGCUGCAAGGAAGAGGUCGCCGAGAUCGCGGCCGAGUGCCGUGCCAACAACCGCGUCUUCCGCGACAUUGAGUUUGACAUUGCUGGCAAUGAGUACGACUGCCUCAGCUCGCUCACCGACCUCUGGGACUCGACGACGCCCGGUGGUGCCCUCCGUGUGCGCCAGAUCUUCAAGGACCCGAUCUUCUGCGACGAUGGCUUUGACGCUGGUGACAUUCAGCAGGGCACGACCGGCAACUGCUGGUUCCUUGCGGCGCUUGCGUCCGUGUGCUGGGUGCCGCGUGUCAUUGAGAACAUUUGUGUUGCCCGCGACGAGAAGGUCGGUGUCUACGGCUUCAUCUUCUUCAAGGACGGUGAGUGGCAGCAUGUCAUCAUCGACGACCAGCUCUACGUCACCCACACCGACUUUGAUCACGCGUACGAGUCGUACGUCAUUAGCGACAAGGCCAAGUACAAGGAGCUACUGCGCACGGGGUCGCAAGCCCUCUUCUUUGGCAAGUCGUCGUCGGCGCGGGAGACGUGGCUGCCGCUGUUGGAGAAGGCGUACACCAAGCUCCAUGGCGACUACAAGUCGGUUGAAGGCGGUAUGACGGGCGAGGGCAUCGAGGACCUCACGGGCGGUGUCACCACGACGAUUUUGACGACCGACAUCUUGGACUACGACCGGUUUUGGGUCGAAGAAUUCUCCCGCACGAACGUCGACACGCUCUUCUCGGCGGCAGUCAUCAAGAAGUACUCGGGCUUGGAGUCGCGCUCCGACAACGGUCUGGUGCAUCUGCACGCGUACUCGAUCCUCAAGGCCGUUGAAGUCCAGGGUACGCGCUUCCUCAUGAUCCGCAACCCGUGGGGCCAGCACGAGUGGAACGGCCGCUGGUCGGACGGCUCGAAGGAGUGGACGCCCGAGUGGAUGGCCGCGCUCGACCACAAGUUUGGUGACGACGGCGCGUUCUGGAUGCAGUACGAAGACUUCAUCGAAGAGUUUACCGAGAUCGAGCAGACGCGCCUCUACGACGCCAACUGGUUUGUCAACCAAGAGUGGAUCGAGUACCGGUCGGCGUGGCCGGCCGCGUGGGACCAAGGUCUCUUCCAGUUCUCGCUCUCGACCGACGGGCCGGCCAAUGUCGUGCUUGCGAAGGCCGACGAGCGCUACUUCCACGGCCUCGAAGGUCCGUACGACUUUGGCUUGCGCCUCGCCGUCUACCGCCGCAGCGACGACGAGAGCCGGUCGUUUGUCGGUCAUUUCGUGCAAAACUGCUACAACCGCAGCAUCAGCUUGGAGUUCAAGUCGCUCGAAGCCGGUGUCUACGACGUCGACGUCAUGGUUGUGCGCCGUGGCCGUGGCCAGCAAGGCGCUGAAGACGUCAUCUCGGACGUCGGCAACGCCCGUCCGGACAAGCUGCUUCAGAUCUGCAAGAACUUCAACGCGAGCCGCGUCCAGGCUGUCAACCUCCAUGGCGAGUACGACAUUCUCGACAAGGCCAAGGAGACGCAGUCGACCGAGUUCGAGCUCGCGGCCAACCGCGCACGGAAGGAAAAACUGUUGGAGCUCGAGGCGCAAGCCGAGGAGCCGGAGGACGAAGAGACGCCCAACGACGACGAAGACGACAACGGCGACGACAACGAUGAAGAGGCCCAGGAAGAGGAAGACGAAGAGGAAGAAGAGGCCGCUGACGAGCCCAUCGAGGGCGAUGCGCUCAGCGGCGCCGUUGUGCUUGGCCUCCGCGUCUACACCAAGGACGCCCACGCCACGGUGACGGCCGUCCUCAAGGCCGAUUAAUAGUUUUGUAAACAUUAUAUCGACGAGUAUCUUGUAAUUGUGUA